UAAACAGGAAGAACCCUAACAUCUAGUUCAACUUUUCUGGUGCAUUGCUCCUCAACUGCUUUCAGUCGUGAGUUGGGUCAUGGACUUGACUGUGGAGGAGAACCAGUUCGAAGAGGAGAACCAGUUCGAAGAGGAGGACCCGCUCGAAGAGGAAAACCCGUUGGAGGAGGAUGCGGCAUCAUGCGACAGCGCGUCGCCUCCAGGGCAAACACACACUCACACCUGGACAGACGAGGAGACAGAAGAGGAGGAGACCAGCCAAGACAAGGGAGCCUUGGUAGAGGGGACAGAGGGGAGACUGUCUCCACAGUCAGAUAUAUCUUCAAACUGGGCUGCUGAGUGUGAGGAGGAGCAGGACCCAGUGAUGGGGAGUGGUGCUGGAGAGGGACGGAUGCUCAAGCUGAGGAGGAACUUGCACCAGCUGGACCGCCUCUACGCACAGAAGGAGCUGAGUGUGCUGAAGGCCAGAGAGGAGCUGAGAGUGUGUUGCCUGCGUCUCGCCGAGCUUCAGGGGGAAAGAGAGGCGCUGGAGGAACUCAUCGACAGAGAGAAACAGGAGGAGAACAGUGCUGGGGUGUUCCGUAUGCGAGCGCAGCACAAGCGAGUGUGUGAGGAGGUCCACAGAGAGGAGGAACUGCAGGCUCUCAUCUCCAUGGCCUUAAGGGAGCACGAGCUGGAGCUGUAUCAGGUGGAGGUGCAGAGGGCUCGUGUGUGUGAUGUGUGUAACGAGCAGAAUGGUGAGGAGCAGAAGAAACAGAAGAAGCAGAAGAGUCGACUCCAGCAGGAGAAGAGCAGGGUCAAGGCCCACCAUAGGAGGAUACAGCAGGAGAGAGCUAAGCAGAAGGCUAUGGAUGAACAGGAGCAGGCCGCACAACUCCAUGCUCAAGAACAGAGCAAGAUGAGCCAACGCAAGGCCUCAAAAUACAUACGAGAGACCAUCAACAGGAUUCAGCGCAUGGAGUGUGAGAAGGAGGAGAGGAGCAGAGAGGAGGGGAAGAGGAGAACUGACGCUGUGCUCUCACUGAAGAACAGCAUCGCAGCCUCACAGGAGGCGUUGCGUGUGCAGAGGGCACGUGCGGGUGCCCAGGCCCAGAGGCGGAGCCGGCAGCAGGAGCUGCAGACGGAGGCGCUGCAGGUGGAGGGGGGCAACGCCACGCGGGCACUUCACCAGCAGCGGGUACUCACCGACCAGCAGCGCAGGAACCAGGAGUUGGAGGACAAGCAGAGGGUUCGGAGGAUGGAGAUAGUCUCCAAACUACUGCAGGAGGAGGAGCUUAUGGAGAAGCGCAAGCAUCAUCAGGCCCCGCCCCUCCCAUUGGCCCCGCCCAGAGGAGCACACAGGGUCGCGGCCAACAGGAAGACCGUGGAGAAGAUCCUGCACAAGCUGGAGCCAGCCAUCCCAGAGGCAGAGGAACACACACCUGCGACGCCCUCCCCACAGCCACAGAGAAAUCAGCCCCGAGGGAUGAGUGACACCUCAUCAGACGAAUCCUCAGAGGAGGAAGGGGCGGGUUCUACUGGAGAGGAAGAGGAAGACGAGGAAGAUGAGAGUGGGUCGGACGAGAGUCUGAUAGAGACUGGGUGCACGCUGGAGGAGCUGGCUGCGAGGCCCCCAGUGAAGGAGCGCCCCCUGCUGGUGGCACGCAGAGCGCAGGCUCCCCUGAUGAGGAAGAGGAAGAGGGCUGGGAGAGGCUUUAAAGGCCCCCCCUUCAUCAGCAAGCCAGCUGCCAUUCACUUCAAGGACUUUGACGUGGGCAGGGUGUACAAGAAGAGGAUCACCCUGACUAAUGUGACGUACUCCACCAACUACUGCAAGCUGCUGGGCGUCAGCACCCAUCUGAUGGACUUCAUAUCUCUCAGCUUCCAGCCGCCAGGCCCCAUGUCCCCAGGUAUGGCCUGUGAGAUGGAGGCUGUGUUCAAACCAGUGCUGAAUGAAGAUCUCGAGGGGGAGGUGUGUUUCUCCUCUGCAGCAGGAAGCUUCUAUGUACCUGUCAGGUGCACCACCAAGAAAUGCCAGAUGGUGGUGGAUAGUAGCCUCAUUGAGUUUGGGAGCCAUGUGGUGGGCCAGACAAUUUCACGCGUCAUCACCCUGGGCAACAGGGGGGCCCGUGGCACUCGCUACUUCCUGCUUCCCUCCGCGUCCUCCAAUCACACGCACCCCCACACACCAAGCCACGCCUCCUCCCACAGCACUAAGAUGCCUGUCAGCAGAGAGGAGUCUGUAGAACAGAUUUUGGGAGAGAGCAGAGCAGAGAACCAGAGUCCAGAGAGCACAGCCAAACACUCAGGGGGUGGUUCCCCAGCGGCGUUAUGUGUGAGUGUGUGUGGUGAGGAGGCAGUGUGUGUGGACUCCCCCUCAGUUCUGACUCAGUCAGAACUGGACCAGCUGUCUGACCAGCACCAACAGAACCACCAGCAGACCCAGCAGCAGAACCACCAGCAGACCCAGCAGCAGAACCACCAGCAGACCCAGCAGCCGAACCCAGAGCCAGAGCCCGGCCCACACUGCCCCACUCCAGACAGCACCGAGCCCAGCAGUGACACUGCCACCGACACCAGCUCAGAGAUCCAGCUGCCACAGGUCAGAGAGGGCGAGGUGGGCCCCUUCGGCAGCACCAAGAUCCACAUCACCUUCAAUCCCACAAUCCCUGGCGACGCCCACCUGGACUUCCUGAUCAGCUUCUCAGAGCCAGACUGCCAGACGAUCAGUGUGAGUGUGAGCGGGACGGCGGUGACUGCACCGGUGUGUGUGACGCAGCCCGACCUGGACCUGAAGAUCUGCAGCUACGGCCGCCUCUACCAGCAGAGCAUCACCGUGCAGAGCAGCUACGGCCGCCUCUACCAGCAGAGCAUCACCCUACGGCCGCCUCUACCAGCAGAGCAUCACCGUGCAGAGCAGGUGUGA